AUGCUGGCUCUCGAAUACCUCACCUCUACCAUAUCUCAGCUUGUCCUUACGUCCAUUGCAUCAGGUUAUCUUGCUAUCUCCAUACCACUUUUGGCAGUAGUCCUAUUCUUUCUGCAGCGGAUAUAUCUUCGGACCAGCAGGCAGAUGCGUCUUCUGGAGCUUGAAGCCAAAUCUCCUGUAUUUAGUCACUUCAUCUCCUCCUUCACAGGAUUGACGACUAUCAGAGCUUUUGACUGGGCACGAGAAUUCCACAAGGAGAAUCUGAGGAGACUCACCAUAGCCCAGAAACCAUACUAUCUGCUCUAUUGCCUCCAACGAUGGCUUACUCUCGUGCUGGACCUGAUAAUCGCCGGACUUGCUGUUCUGCUGGUUGGCCUUGCUGUUGCCCUCAGGGAUACGAUUGAUGCUGGUCUCCUGGGUGUGGCUUUGACGGGUGUGAUUGGCUUCGGCCAGACCCUGAGCCUACUGAUCACGCAAUGGACACAGCUUGAGACCAGUUUGGGUGCUGUUGCGCGUAUACGGGAGUUUGAGCGGGACACGCCCCAGGAAUCCGACGGACCAGAUACUCCUCCUGACAACUGGCUCGGGCGUGGGGCAAUCUCAAUGGAGGGUGUGUCUGCUGCCUAUGGUGAGCGGACAGUGCUGAAAGACAUCACGCUCGACAUCAGACCGGGAGAGAAAGUGGCAGUCGUUGGCCGCACUGGAAGCGGGAAAUCGACCCUCUUAGCCCUCUUACUUCGCCUGCAGCCUCCAACGGCUGGCAAAAUCUUGAUCGACGGUAUUGAUACUGGCAGCAUGCCACUGAAUUCGCUUCGGAGUUCUCUUGUUACACUCCCUCAAGAACCGCUAUUCCUGGCGGGGAAUGUGCGGCAGAACUUGGACCCUUUCGGCGAAGCGGACAACCAAGGUCUUCUAGAAGUGCUGAAGAAGGUUGGCAUUGCGGGUCUGAUCGAGGACAAGGGAGGGUUAGACGCAGACCUCAAUGUGGACUGGCUGAGCGCCGGGCAGAAGCAGCUGUUCUGUCUGGCCCGAGCGUGGUUGAGGAAAAGUAAAGUGCUUCUGUUGGAUGAGGCAACUAGCAGUCUUGAUUACGAGACUGAGAAAAUGGUCAUAGGUUUCAUCCAGCAUGAGUUCAGCGGUUGGACAACAGUCAUGGUUGCCCACAGAUUGCGAACAAUCAUCGACUUCGACAAGGUCGUUGUUUUAGACGAGGGCCGGGUCAGUGAGCUUGAUCAGCCUCGCAGGCUGUUAGAACGAGACAGCCUUUUCAAGACACUUUGGAACCUACAAGAAGAUUAA